AUGACACAAGAGGUGUCACCAAGUCAGAAGACCGAAAUCGGGUUACCGAUGAAGGAUGAAAAUGCCCAACCUGGUGCAGGUAUCGUACAGAACGUAGGAGCCAAGAGAAGAAGGAUCGAUGCUGAAGUUGAAAGUGGCGAUGCAUCUCAUCAUUCCGCAUUUCCUCCCGUUCAUUCUCGAUACCCUCACCUCUCUCAACGUCCCCAAAGUACCCCUCCUCCUUCCGCUGAGUUCAGCAUCCCCUCCCCUAAUCGAAUGAUCACUCGCUCAUUAUCGAAGAGUCAAUCCGACUUGCUUAACAGAGCUCAGACUGCGUCACCCUCGAAUUCGGCAGUAUCAGAUUCUCUAAGACAGGUAUCCUCGACUACUACCAGCUCCAGAGCGUUUACUCAAUCAUCCACUCUGACUCUUAAACAGGCUGGACCCAUACCACGAGUAGAUUAUGGUGGACAGGUUAGAAGAGUAUUCUCCCAACCUAAUUUCCAUCCUGGAUCAGUACCUUAUCAUAAUCAGAUGACAAAUCAUGCCCCAUUUGGAUUCGCAGCCGAGCAGACCCAUCCGGCUGUUCAACAGUUGCAUCAAGCACAACAGAAUAUUCAUUCACUCCAAUCUCAGCUUGACACAUCCACCACUGCUAUCCGCACAUUGGAAUCGAGAGUGAUCAAUUCCGAGUCCUUAUUGUCUUCCAAAUCCGUCGAGUUGGUUCAAGCAAGGAACGAAAUCCAAUCUUUACGAUUCCAGUUGCAUCAGCAGAGCUUGGGAAGCGUAUCGAGACACCAAUUAAACGAGGAGAAAAGUCGACAUUCGAAGGAGCUGGAGGAUAUGAGAGCAAGGUUAGGGGAGGUAGUCAAAAAGGUCAAUUCAGAGAGCGAAAUGGCGGAAGGGGUGAAAAGGGGGUUACGAGAAGAUGUUGAGCGAUUGCAUUGUGAGAUACAAGAACGGGACCAAGUAUUAAGGGAAUUGAAGACAAAGAAUGAGGAGCUGUUAAAGGACAACGAAAGUGUAAAUAGGGAUUUGUUUGCGAUGAAAGAUGACUUGGCAGGAUUAAAAGAGAUCAACAAGGUGUUCGUACAAAAGGUUGAUAGUCUCAGCGAUGAUUCCAAGAAGAAAAACCGAGAUCUAUCGACAUUGGAUAGUGAAAAUGCGGAGUUGAAAGAGACUGUCUCAAAGCUGAAUAGAGAUAUCACGCUACUGAAUGCCUCAAAGGAAGCAUUGAACAGAGCAUUAGACACUUACAAGAAGACCAACCAAAAAUUACAGUCUGAUCUAUCCAAGGAGAAAGAACGUUCAGAGGAGGUCAGAAAGGUAGGCUGGGAGCAGCUCAACACUUUGAAAAGGGAGUACGAUACGACGAAAAAUCGACACCAAGAGGUAUCAAAUUCCUAUGAAGAGAUUAAAAGAUUGUACGAAAUUGUUUGUCAGUCUGAGAAAGCUGUAAAGGUACAAUUGAUGGGCGAGAGGGAUAAGUUCAAUCACGAAAAGGCAAAUUGGGAGAAAGAUGUGAAAUCGAAAAAGCACCUGAGAGAUAGGAUCGACGAGCUUGAAAAUGAUCUAUCGAAUACCAAACAGAUCAACGUGGAUCUCGCGCAGGAGAAAGAUCGCUUGGUACGAGAAGUAAAUCAGAAAGAGAGGAAGUAUGAAGAAGUAUCUCAGGAGAAAAUUGAUCUUCUGACUAGAUUGGAUAAUCAACAGAAGGAAUAUGAUCACCUCGAUAUCAAGUACAAAGAGCAAGCCAAACUCAACCAAGUGUCAAAGGCGGAAGUGAAAGGAUUGAAAAAGGGUAACGCUACGUUGACCAAGAAGAUUUUGGGUUUGGAGGAAACUAAUAAGGCUCAUAAAAAGGACAAACAAGAAUUGAAUAGACAGAUCAAUCUAUUAAAGAAAGAAAUCAUAGGGAGGAAGCAAGACCACAAGGAAGCAGGACAGUUCAGAGUAUCUAUCGAAGAUCUCAGUCGAACUGUCGAUGAUCUAACAGGUCAGAAUACAGUUUUACAAAGCGAGAAACAACUUUUAGCUCGAAAAAUUCUAGAGUUAUCGGAAUCUUGUAAAGAUUUAGAAGAAACCAAGAGGCGACUUGAGGAACGUGUUGAGAGGAAUGACCACAAGGUAGAGGAGUUGGAGAAUUUCGUCAGAAGAAUUAUACUCGCUAGGUCGAAAUAUCAUGACAAAAUCGAGUUGAAGGAUGGUGCGAAUUCAGAUUCGAGUAAAGCUCAAUUCGACGGAUUGAUACGGAGUUAUGAUAGUAUUUGGACAACUCCCAAUUUGAUAUCUGCUAGAGAAAGGAAACGACAAGAUAAAUUGCUUAAGAUGGAAUUGAAGAGAUCGACAAUACCACAGAAAUUAAAUUGGUUAGAUUACUGGAUCAAGUUGAUUGACUUUGCUUUAGAGGAUCUUGAAGAGUAUUCUAUAGAUCAGGUGUCAUCACAUACUUCUAAGGAUGAUCAUCCUGUCCAUGACUAA